AUGUUUAAGCUUGCAGUUGCUCUAAUUGUGCUACUUGUGUUUGAACAAGUGAUUUCUGAAACGACCGAAGAAAAAAUCAGCGAUUUCGAAAAUAAAAUAAACGAAGCCAUCAAACAUGCCGAUGAAUACAUUUUGGACACCGACGCUUACAAAUACAAACCCAAUUCCGAUGACGUCGAAUACUUUGGUUGUUUUGACUUUAUAAUCAUUGGGGGUGGUACCACUGGGUGCGUUUUGGCCAACCGGCUUUCGGAAAUGGAAGACUCGACUGUGCUGCUUUUGGAGGCUGGAAAAAUAUCCGAGGAAGUGGUAACAAAAGUCCCCCAACUUCACUCGCAAGCUGCUUUGAGUGAAUAUAACUGGGGAUUUUAUACUACUCCGCAAGAGCAUGCUUGUCAAGGAUUUAAGAACAAGGCCUGUCCGUAUCCUAGAGGCAGAGGGGCAGGUGGAAGCUCCCUAAUCAGUUCUUUGGUUUACUCGAGAGCUAGUUACUUUGACUUCGCAAGACUUGAUAAUCAAACUGGCACAAAAUGGCUUGGUAAAGUUUUGAAGUACUACAAGAAAUCUGAAAAUUUUUCAAAAUCGCAUAAAAAAGGUACAGUGUUUCAUAAGUUGCAUGGCCAUCAUGGAGAAUGGAGUGUGGAGAACGUCCAAAUAGAAACAUCUAUAAGCAAAGCCUUUGUUAAAGCUAACUUGGAAUUAAAUUACAACAUAACUGAUUGUAACAGUAUAAACCAAACUGGAGUAUCGCUACUACAACUGAAUACAAAAAAUGGUGAGCGACACGACACAGCAUCAGCCUUUUUACUACCAAUUAUCAACAGAGAUAACUUAAAUGUAUCACUAGAAAGCUUUGUAAUGAAAAUAGAAAUAGACGCGGACACUAAAGUAGCGAAUAGUGUUUUAUUCAGCAAGCACGGUAAAUUAUAUAGAGCUAAUGCACAGAAAGAUAUCAUCCUAUCAGCAGGUUCUAUUGGUAGCCCACACAUUCUUCAACUAUCAGGUGUAGGGAGAGAAUCCGAACUCAAAAAGCACGGCAUCGCAGUUAUCAAAGACCUACCUGUUGGUGGGAAUUUGAGAGACCACAUGGCCCUUGCUGUGACCCUUAAACAUAACACCAGCCUCCCCGAUGUAACACUUAGAUCUGCCAUACAAAAAUAUCUAAAUAAUGAGGCGGGGAUGCUUUCAUUCGCCGGGCAAGACUGGGUUGGGUUUUAUGAUUGGUUGGGAAGCGACUAUCCCAAUCAGGAAUUAAUGAUGCUUCCGGACUUUGAGGUCAUCAAAGAUACGGAUGAUAAGUUGAAGAGGUAUACAGAAGAGAGUUUGAGGGAUAAAAGAGAUAGUUUGCCAGAUAAAAUGUUUCAGAUAUUAGCGAUAAAUUUAUACUGUGAAUCAGUGGGUUCGGUGACUCUAAAAUCCGAUAGUCCCUUUGAUUACCCCCUGAUAAACAUUAACUCUUUUUCGAACGAUAUCGAUGCGGAUCACUUAUACGGCAUAAUACUAAAAAUUAAACACCUAACCACAACGACUGCGUUUAGGCAAAUAAAUGCCAAAGUAGCACCUCCAAAACUAAGAGCUUGUAGUGGGUACGAGUAUGAUUCGAAAGACCAUUGGUACUGCAUUAUAAAACAUUUUGCUUAUGCGGCCUAUCAUCCAAUAGGCACUUGCGCUCUAAAAUCUGUGGUGGAUAAUGACUUAAAUGUUCAUGGAAUCGAUCGAUUGCGCGUUGUUGAUGCAUCUGUCUUUCCCUUUCCUCUACGAGCCCAUUCUGCAGCCAGCUGCGUCCUUCUGGGUGAGAUAAGUUCGGAUUUGAUUAAGAAUGAUUAUUAUUAUGUCGAUUAUGAUUAG